AUGGCUGGCAUCACCAGUCACAUCGCCAGUAGCAGGAACUUUAGCCGCUCUAGAGUUCCUGCGUUGAAGGUCAAGACUGCAUUGGGGGACCCAGUUGCUUCUGAGGGAAAAGGAAAAGCACUUGCAUCCGAUGACUGGCGCAAGCAUGCGUCUGCCCCUGGAAUUUCGGACAAGGGCAACCUCCGAAAAAAGAUUGCUCAGCGGUCGAGCGCCACGGAGCACUCCAUGGUUAUGCCUCACGAACCUGGGUUCUAUCGCCCAAAUGACGGCCAAACUGCUUAG